AAAAUUUUUCUCUUACUUUCCCCUCAUAAGCCUGUUUUUUGUUGUAAAAAAAAAAUUACAAACAAAAUCAUGUCGAAUAAAAUUUUCUGGAGAAAUAUUAAAUUGAAAUCGCCAUUACAGCUCAAAAUGACACUGACUGGAGGUCAGUCAUUUAGUUUUGUUUUUUUCUUAAAUUUUAGAUGGCGGGAAGAGGAAAACAAGGAAAAAACAUAUUUAGGAACAUUUGCAAAUAUUGUGUGGCGAUUGAAAUCAUCAGAUAAUAAUUUGUAUUACUCAAUCCUUGGAGAAUUGCCUUAUCCUGAACCAGCUGAGGAGAACCUUGUACGUAUGAAAGUGCCAAAGCCUAAAACAGGAAAAGUUAAAAAUUGUUUGUAUGAGGAAAAUUAUUAUGAAUCUUUGCUGACACGUUAUUUUAGACUCGAUGUAGAUCUUGAGUCACAUUAUUCAGAAUGGAGCAAAUGUCAUGAUCAUUUCGCCACAAAUAUUUCUGAAAAAUUUCAAAACAUCAGACAGUUGGACAUUGACUGUGUUGAAAACUUAUUUAGUUUCAUUUGUUCUCAAAAUAAUCACAUUACAAGAAUAUCUUCACUUGUCAAUAAGCUUUGUUCUAACUAUGGAGAGAAAAUAUGUGAUGUAGAAGGACAAGAGUUCUACAAUUUUCCAGUUUUAAGCGAAUUGGCCAAGGAUGGCGUGGAAGAAAAUUUAAGAGUUCUUGGAUUUGGCUAUCGCGCAAAAUAUAUUCAAAAGUCGGCUCAAGAAAUUCUUUCGAAAGGUGGUUUGAAAUGGUUCAGAAAACUAACAGAUAUGAAUUAUGAAGAUGCUCAUGCUGAACUUACAACAUUAACUGGAAUAGGACCGAAGGUUGCAGAUUGCGUUUGUCUAAUGUCUCUAAAUCAUUUAGAAGCUAUUCCUGUUGAUACUCAUAUCAUUCAAAUCGCAAAACAUUAUCUACCUGAAUAUCCAAUCACAUCUAAAAUGGCAAUGUUCCCAGGUUCCAUUACUUUCGAUGAAUACGGCAGGCCUUUUAUUAUAUUGCGAGAUCAAGAGAAACAAUCAAGAUUGACUGGAAAUGAAGCAAUUAAGAGUCACAUCAUGGCUGCACGUCAAAUUGCAGAAACAUUGAAGACAUCUCUUGGACCAAAAGGAUUAGACAAGAUGAUGGUUAGUGGAGAUGGUGAAGUCACGUGCACUAAUGAUGGAGCAACAAUUUUGAAGCUCAUGGAAGUUGAUCAUGAGAUUGGAAAAUUGAUGGUCCAAUUGAGUCAAUCUCAGGAUGAUGAGAUUGGUGAUGGAACGACUGGAGUAGUUGUUCUUGCUGGUGCAUUGUUGGAACAAGCUGAAUCCCUUCUUGAUCGUGGAAUUCAUCCAAUUCGAAUUGCUGAUGGUUUUGAAUUAGCCGCUCAAUGUGCAGUAAAAAAUUUAGAAAGCAUUGCUGAACCAUUCCCAAUCACUCUCGACAACAUCGAGCCUUUAGUGAAAGUUGCAAUGACAACUUUAGGGAGUAAAAUUGUGAACAAAUGUCAUCGUCAAAUGGCUGAAAUGGCUGUCAAUGCAGUACUCACCGUAGCUGAUCUCGAGAAGAAAGAUGUCAACUUUGAGAUGAUUAAAAUGGAAGGAAAAGUCGGUGGACGCAUGGAAGAUUCGUGUUUAGUUAAGGGUGUAAUUGUUGACAAGACAAUGUCACAUCCUCAAAUGCCUAAAUCAAUGAAAGAUGUCAAGUUGGCAAUUCUCACAUGCCCAUUCGAACCACCAAAGCCUAAGACCAAACAUAAGUUAGAUGUCACUUCAGCAGAAGACUACAAAGCACUUCGUCAAUACGAACAAGAGAAAUUCAUUGAAAUGGUGAAGCGAGUCAAAGAUGCUGGUGCAACACUCGCCAUUUGUCAAUGGGGAUUCGAUGACGAAGCUAAUCAUUUAUUGCUUCAACAAAAUCUUCCAGCCGUACGUUGGGUUGGUGGUCCUGAAAUUGAGUUAAUUGCUGUUGCUACUGGUGGUCGAAUUAUUCCUCGAUUCGAAGAAAUCUCAAGCGAAAAGUUAGGCAAAGCUGGACUUGUUCGUGAAAUGUCUUUUGGAACAACAAAGGAGAAAAUGCUUGUCAUUGAGGAAUGCGCCAACUCUAAAGCUGUGACAAUUCUUGUUCGUGGUGGUAAUCAAAUGGUGGUUGCUGAAGCUAAAAGAUCAAUUCAUGAUGCUUUGUGCAUUGUUCGAUCACUCAUUAGAGAUUCAAGAAUUGUUUAUGGCGGUGGAGCUGCAGAAAUUUCUUGCUCAUUGGCUGUCGCUCGUGAAGCUGAUAAGUUGUCAACACUUGAACAAUAUGCUUUCAGAUCAUUCAGUGUUGCAUUGGAAGCAAUUCCACUUGCCCUUGCUGGCAACAGCGGAUUGUUAACCAUCGAAACACUCUCAGAACUCAAAUCACGUCAGGUUCAAGAGAAUUCAUCAUCACUCGGUGUUGAUUGCAUGAUGACAGGAAAUUCAGAUAUGAAGACACAUCACGUCAUUGAAGCUCUUCAUUCAAAGAAACAACAAAUUGUUCUCGCCACGCAACUUGUGAAAAUGAUUCUCAAGAUUGACGACGUUCGCUCACAAGGAAAUUAAAAGUUUGCUUUCAUUAACUCAUCAAUAUUAUUCUCCUUUUCUUUUGUAUUAAUAAUCGAUUCACGAAAGCCUCACAAAUCAACAUAAAUAAUCUUUUAAAAGAAGCAUUAAUUAACACACAUUUAUUUUCUUUUCAUUGCAACCCGACUAAGUUUCCUUUUUUUAAUUAUUGAAAACUUGAACUAAUUUAAUUGAUUAAUAAAAGAGAUUAAAAAUUUGCACAUUUUUUUGAUCAAAAAAACAAGGAAAA